AUGAAGUAUAUGACAAAUCUCUGUCACCUAUAUACUAAUGGAUGCACAUCAUUGGAGUGCAUGCCUCCAGACCUCGGGCAACUUACUUCUCUUCAGACUCUAACAUAUUUUGUGACGGGCUCUAGUCCUGAUUGUAGUACUAUUAGAGAACUACAGGACUUAAAUCUUGGUGGUGAAUUGGAGCUUUCUUCUCUUGAAUAUGUAACUGAAGAGCAUGCUAAAGCAUCCAAUCUUGGAAAUAAGGAGAAACUCACUCAUUUAUCUCUUAAAUGGAGUGAUCAUACGACUGACGUACUGGACCAGCAUAGGAGUGUGCUUGAUGCUCUUAAACCUCAUGCUAUGCUGGAGUUUCUAGGAAUAUCUUCAUAUGGAGGUACUGGUUUCCCAACAUGGAUGACAAGUCUUACUUUUCUGCAGCAUUUGACUAGGCUCCACCUAGAUGGUUGUACAAUGUGUGAGGAAUUUCCACAAUUCGGCCAAUUUAAGGCUCUUGAAGUUCUUGUUUUAAAAAGGUUGAACAAAUUGCAGAGCCUAUGUAGUCACAAUUCAUCUGCAGCGUUUCCAGCAUUAAAAAAUCUCAGUUUGGAAAAUUUGGAUGCUUUUGAGAGAUGGGCGGCAACCGAAGGAGAGGAAUUAACAUUUCCUAUACUUGACAAUGUUGUAAUUGUGAACUGCCCAAAGCUGACAACUCUACCUGAAGCACCAAAACUCAAAGUUAUAGUGCUAGCAGAAGACAAGGCUCAACUAUCCUUAUUAGUGUUAAGAUCCAAUUACAUGCCUUACUUGUCUGGGUUAUACCUAUCUGUCAGCGAUACAGAAGCAACACCAACACCGAAGCUUGACCAAGAUCAUGAAGUGUCUCUUUCCGUCAUGAAUUUGACUGGUUGCAGCUUUUUGUUCUCAUCAAGUCUAUUGCAGUCAGCAGGUGGGGUCUGGAAAUGGUUUGGUCAGCUUGUGAGGUUGCAUAUUAGUUCUUUUGAUACGCUCAUCUACUGGCCUGCAGAAGAGUUUCGAAGCUUGGUAUCAUUGCAUAGUAUGAUAAUUCGAAAUUGCAGCAAGCUAAUAGGCCCCGCCCAGGUGAAAGGAUGCCGUACUCGAGGUAGGGAUCAAUUCCUGCCAAAUCUAACUGCCCUAUAUAUAGCUGGUUGUGGGAACUUGACAGAGCUUUUCGUUCUUCCCUUGUCCCUCACGACUCUGAACAUUUAUGAGUGUUGUAAUCUUGAGUUCAUACUGGGGCAGGAUGAUAGAGAGUUGGAGAGUCUACAACACUUCGAUACAAUAGCAUCGUUGGAACACUGCGAUGGCCUUGCAUCCGAAAAUAUGCCAGAACAGUCGCCUUCACCCAGAAUUAAUCCUUUUCCAUGUCUCAUGUCUUUAACUAUACAUUACUGUAACAAGAUUCGUUCAGUGCGAACAUAG